UUCGAAACUUCCCCCCAUCGGGCUUUUUGUCCAUCUUUUAUUUAUUCUAAAAAAAAAAAAAACUAGCAUAAAGUCUGUCAACGCCGCUCGAGUGUCCGGAAGUGGCGAGCGGGGGGAGCGAGAAAAAAAAAAGCGGAGAAAGGCAUGAAAAAAGAGGUCAAGCGCAGCCAACUUUUCACCCGGACAUUCACAGAGAGCCUCGACGCCGUCCUGACCGGACCCUCGGCGUCCUUUUCGGCUUAGUUUGUGGUCCCCCUCCGCCCCGCUCCGUUUUCCGAGGAUGGGUCUCCCGACGCUGGAGUUCAGCGACUCGUUUGUGGACAGCCCCGAGUUCCGAGAGAGGCUCCAGUGCCACGAGAUCGAGCUGGAGAGAACCAACAGGUUUAUCAAAGAUCUCAUCAAAGAUGGAAGCAUGCUCAUCUCGGCUCUCAGAAGUCUUUCCCAAGCGGUGCAGCGUUUCUCUCAGUCACUGCAAGAGUUCCAGUUCGAGUGCAUCGGAGAUGCCGAGACGGACGACGAGAUCAACAUCGCCCAGUCUCUCAAGGAGUUCUCUCAGCUGCUGAGCACCGUGGAGGAGGAGAGAAAGCGUCUGAUCCAAAACGCUGACAACGUGCUAAUCUCGCCGCUAGAGAGGUUUCGCAAGGAGCAGAUUGGCGCUGUAAAGGAGGGCAAGAAGCAGUUUGACAAAGAAACGGAACGGUACUACUCUGUGUUGGAGAAACACCUCAGCCUGUCCUCCAAAAAGAAGGAAUCGCAGCUACAUGAGGCCGACUCGCAGAUGAGCAAAGACCGGCAGGUGUUUAACGACGCCUCGCUGCAAUAUGUCUUCAAGAUCCAGGAAGUACAGGAGAGGAAGAAAUUUGAGUUUGUGGAGCCGCUGCUGGCCUUCCUGCAAGGCUUGCUGACCUUCUACCAUGAAGGCUACGAGCUGGCCAGCGAAUUUGAGCCCUACAAACAGCAGCUGCAGUUCAACCUGCAAAAUGCCCGAAACAAUUUUGAAAGCACGCGGGCCGAAGUGGAGCGGCUGAUGAAGAGGAUCCGCUCGGCCGAGGAGGACUUCAAAGCCCCCGGCUCCUUCACCAUGGAGGGCUACCUGUACAUACAGGAGAAACGGCCGCUGGGCAGCGUGUGGACCAGAUACUACUGUACGUACGAGAAGAGCUCCAAGAUGUUCACCAUGAGCAACACCGAGGCCCGGCCGGCCGGCAGGCAGAACGGCGUGCCGAACGGAGUGCCGGAGAUGUUCAGGCUGCGCUCAUGCGUGCGAAGGAAGACGGACUCCAUCGACAAGCGCUUCUGCUUUGACAUUGAAGUGGUGGAGAGACACGGCGUCAUCACUCUGCAAGCGCUCUCGGAGGCCAACAGGCGACUGUGGAUGGAGGCCAUGGAUGGAAAAGAACCCAUCUACACUCUGCCGUCUCUGCUCAGCAAGAAGGAAGAGACCUUCCUUAACGAGACAGGCUUCAGCUUUGUGAGGAACUGCAUCGAGCUCGUGGAAAUGCGAGGCCUCAACACUCUGGGCCUGUACCGGACCGGAGGUGUCAAUUCCAAAGUUCAGCGGCUGAUGACGAGCGUAUUUGCCUCCACUUCUGCUUCGGACGCACGGCUCGACGCGGACGCUUGGGACAACAAGACCGUCACAAGCGGACUGAAGAAUUAUUUUAGGUGCUUGGCCGAACCCGUGCUGACCUACAGACUGCACAAGGAAUUCAUCAAAGCUGCAAAGUAUGAUGACCAGAAGCAUCGCGUGAGGGCGAUCCAUGCGCUGGUCCACAAGCUACCCGAGAAGAACCGAACCAUGCUCGACCUGCUGACCAAUCACCUCCUCAAGGUGUCAGCCCACUGCAGCCAGAACCUUAUGACAGUAUCCAACCUGGGCAUGAUCUUCGGUCCCACGCUGAUGAGGUCGCAGGAGGAGACGGUGGCCGCCAUGAUGAACAUCAAGUUCCAAAAUAUUGUGGUGGAGAUCAUCAUUGAGAACCACGACAAGAUAUUCAGCGAGGCUCCCGACCUAUCGCUGCCGUUACCGCCGGCGCCGCCUUCGCGGGCGACCCCUCGAAGGGGCAAGGCCAUCUGUCUGUCGUCGGGGAAGAGAAAGGCCCGCCUCUACCCGCCCACCCUCUGCCUGGCGGACAACGACAGCGACACCUUCAGCAGCAGCAGCCCUGGCACUACCCCGACGGGCAGCCAGGAGUCGCUGUCCUCACACUCCUCAGAGAAGAACGGCGCAUCACUGACGGCGUCUCCGUCCUCGCCUACCGCCGAGCCCGGCUCCUCCACUCAAGUCCACCCACCUCCUUCCUGUUCCUCCAACGGAGACGAUAGAAAAUGGCCGACGGACAAGGAGACGCCGCCACCGGCGUUAUCCGCGUCAUCCUCCGUGGCAUCUCUGCGCUCCACGGCCGAGCGGACGGACUCCACUGUCUCCCUGUCCUCCGCCAAGGAGUCCAAAUCGCUUUCCUCCUCAUCCACCGUGCAGCUCUCCUCCUCGGGGUCCCCGGCCAGGGAGGCUCGCUCCGUCCCCAGGGCAUCGUCCGUCUCGUCCCUGCAGAGCACCCAAGACAAGACGAAGGAGUCUCCGCCGCCUCCAUCUCAGCAGCGCCGGACGGCGGCGUACAGGAUGGCGUCCUCCUCCUCGUCCUCCUCAUCGUCUUUAUUCCCUUACCCGCUGUCCACAUCCUCCUCACUCACCUCCCUGCACAUCUCAGAAGACUACCGCAGUUGUCACGGCUCUGUGCAGAGUUUAGCAUCACUGGGCCCACGAGAGGCCACACGGACGCGGAAAACUUCACACGUACGACGAAACUCAGACAACCUGACCCCACAGUCUCUGCCCACCAACGGCUACCAGAGGCCAGGAUCCGUGUUAUCUGUCCGAGGACAAAAACAGCGUGAAAGCUCUGUCUUCUCCUCGGCUUUGGACAUUUGUGCUUCCGGAAGGGAAGCGAAAGCUCUGUACUCCUGCGAGGCGGAGCACAGCCACGAGCUCAGUUUCCCACAGGGGGCGCUCUUUUCAAACGUCCACCCAUCGGUGGAGCCAGGCUGGCUCCAGGCGACCUACCAGGGCAGGACAGGCCUCAUACCCGAGAACUACAUCGCGUACACCUGAAUCUCUCUGAUGUCAUCACUCCACAUACACCCAAACAUCUGUGAUGUCAUCACUCCGCUGCCUGACUUGAAGACGUCCAUAAAGCGUAUCCUGUUUGUUUAUCGGUAAACAUGUAGCUGAAAUCACUGAACUGUGCGACAUGACUGAUUCUCAUCCAUGUACUGUGUUUGUCUCACAGCAGUGUUUUUUUUAAAUUGUCAUAAUUUAACUGUUGCUAUUGGUCAAUUCAACUGUCAGUGUCCGCUCAUGUGGGAUAUGUGGAAAUGAACUGUUGUAUUGUCGUCCUACUGCUGCCUGACGUGCCUUCUUGUCCUAAUAAAGGACUCGUACAUUCCCUA